AUGAGCCCGAUAGAGAACGUGGAGCCCCCGCGGACUGUAGCCUCUCCUGAGGACAGUAGCGAGGGCGCCGAAGGAGCAGCUGAUCAUCCUCGGGCGGUCAAUCCGCGUGCGGACAGAUCGCGACAACUUUUCGGAGUGCAACUUGAAGUAACAAGUUUGCUUCUGGAAGCUGAGAGACGGAAACUAGCAGUUCUGCAAAGAGAAUUGCAGAUUUCGUUAGCAGAAGGAGGUUCUAUAAAAGCUAAAGAGCAGCAAAAGCAAGAAUUGAUAAUUGCCAUCUCGCGAAUACAAGCACAACAUGGCCAUUUGGAGAAGGAGUACAGACAGCAUGCCAUAGGUGUAUUACGCAGUUCCAACACGAGGGGAAUCGGCAAGGCAAGUCAUCAGUGCUAA